AUGUGCACUCUCCCCUCCCCCACAGCCACGGGCAGCAGGAAGGCACCUUUCUUCUUCCUCAGAGCCCACUUCAUCAUCUUCAUCUUUAUCGCCUCUGCCAUCUUCUACUUCCAGAAGCGCCCCACGAGGGUCCAACCCACUAGUGUGCAGGAAGAGCCAACAUCGGAGUCAUUUCCCGUGGUGAAGCUCCCACCCUUGAUAUGGAAGAAGCCCAUUAGUGAUGAGCCACUGAGCUUCUGGACCAUCAAAGUGAGAGGCCGCCUGGGGAACCAGAUGAGCGAGUACGCCACGCUCUACACUCUGGCCAAGAUGAACGGGCGCCCAGCCUUCAUCUCUGAAGAGAUGUAUGGCACGCUGGCCCCCAUCUUCAAGAUCAGCCUCCCAGUCCUGCAUAGAGCCUUAGAGAAAUGGAUCCCCUGGCAUAACUACCUGCUCAACGACUGGAUGGAGGAGCGCUACCGACACAUCUCCAGCAACUUUGUGUGCUUCAACGGCUUCACCACCUCCUGGACCUUCUACCACCAUCUGCGCCCCGAGAUCUUGCGGGAGUUCAGCCUCCACGAACAUCUGCAUGAGGAGGCCCAGGCCUUCCUGUGGGGCCUGCAGGCAGACAGGGGCCAGCCCUGCACCUUUGUGGGUGUGCAUGUGCGCCGGGGAGACUAUGUCCACUAUAUGCCCUACCUGUGGAAGGGGGUGGUGGCUGAUCCGAACUACCUGAGGCAGGCCAUGGACUGGUUCCAGGCUCGCUAUGAUUUUCCAGUCUUUGUGGUCACCAGCGAUGACAUGGCCUGGUGCAGGGAGAACAUCAACGCCUCCUUUGGGGAUGUGGUGUUUGCUGGCCAUGGCAAGGAGCAUUUACCCACCCAGGACUUUGCCUUGCUCACGCAGUGCAACCAUACCAUCAUGACCAUUGGGACCUUCGGCAUCUGGGUCGCCUACCUGGCUGGUGGAGAGACCAUUUACCUGGCCAAUUACACCCUCCCGGACUCCCCCUUCCUCACGGUCUUUAAGCCAGAGGCAGCCUUCCUGCCCGAGUGGGUGGGGAUCCCAGCCGACUUGUCCCCCCUACUCAAGAACUAGCCACCCUGUCCCUGGCAGCCUCCAGGGGACGGUG